GCGCGUGCCAUCAAAGACGGAGUCAUUUUACGCCCGAAGUUGACGGUGUGGGUGUCUCGAAGGUGGCGCCCGUGGAAGACAGGAACCCUUUCGGCUUUGCUUUCGUACAGGAGUCUAGGGCAACGUCCCACGAACAGAUACCGUGCUAUCCACCAACAUACUAAAACGGGCUCUCUACGCAAUAGAGGACCACGUCACUAUGGCCCGUGCGACCUUGUCUGCUGCAGUACGCACCCUGCUGAUCUGCACCUUCAUGGGCAUGGUUACAGUGACUACCCAGUCAGCUGCUGCUGGUCCUUCUGCCACCGCCACGUUCAUCAAUUACAAUGCAGGACAUGAUUAUGAUGAUGUCAUGCUUGACACUGAUGACGGUAUGCUCGACGAGGAUGAUAUCAUGGACGAUCAGGAGGUCAUGGACGAUCAGGCGGUCCUGCUUGAUGCGGAUGACAUGGAUGAUACGGGCGCUGAUGAGGUGGGUGACACUGGUGAUAAUGACUACUUCGCAAGUGAUGGGCGGGAUGAGGACGACGCUGAAGACUGGUCACGUGAUGAUCUGGAGGAGCUUGAAGGCCUCCAUCGCUUUCGUACUGAACGAUCACCUGGGGCUGUGUGGGGCGUGAGUAGCAUUGUGCGCGGCGUCAAGCGAAAGGUGUCUAGAGCGACCAAGGGCAUCGUCAGAGGAACCAAGCGCAUCGGAAGGGGCGUGGUGAAGACUGUUGCUAGGACGACCAAGGGUGCAGCCAGGUUGACAGGUCGCAUUGGCAGGCGUGUGUUACGGACUGCUGCCAGGACGACCAAGGGUGCAGCUCGGCUAACAGGUCGCAUUGGCAGGCGUGUGUUUCGGACUGUUGCCAGGACGACCAAGGGUGCAGCCCGGCUAACAGGUCGCAUUGGCAGGCGUGUGUUUCGGACUGUUGCCAGGACGACCAAGGGUGCAGCCCGGCUAACAGAUCGCCUCGGCAGGCGUGUGUUACGGACUGUUGCCAGGACGACCAAGGGCGCAGCCCGCCUAACAGGUCGCAUUGGCAGGCAUGUGUUACGGACUGUUGCGAGGACAAGAAAGGGUGCAGCGCGACUAACAGGUCGCAUUGGCAGGCGUCUGUUGCGGACUGUUGCCAGGACAACCAAGGGUGCAGCCCAGCUAACAGGUCGCAUUGGCAGGCGUGUGGUACGAACUGUUGCAAGGACGACCAAGGAAGUUACUAAGGGCAUCGGACGAGCAAGCAAGGGCACCGGAAAGGGGAUAGGGCGGCUUGCCAAAGGAACCUCGAAAGGACUUGGAAAGCUCACCAAAGGAAUUUCCACUAAAGGCAUCGGCCGUAUCAUCUCCAAGACAACCAAGGGCCUGCGGAAGAGCGUUGGCAAGGUCAUCUCUGGAGCAACGAAAGGAGCAGGUGGCCUGAUUGCCAAAGGAAUCGGUUCGCUCGUCGCUAAAGGAGCUGGUAGGCUUGUCAGCAAGGCCGCCAAAAAGUUCAUCCCCAAACGCCUGGCAAAGGCAGUGAGGAAGACGCUACUGAACGAGAAAUUCAUCAAAGUGCUGGACAAGAUGGGGAAAGUAGUAAACGUGGUCGGUGGGCUGUGCUGCACGGUGGGAAUGGCAGUGCCUGUUUACGGCCCGUCAUGCUGCAAGGGCGCCAAGGUGGGCAAGCAGGUCCUCAACGGGCUUCGGCUCGCACAGCGAAUAGCCAAACCACUGGUUAGUGACGAUCAACACCGUCGUAGUCCUACCUACAUGUACUCGAACGUGUACUACGCAAACAAUGGCCGUUAUCCAAUGCCAUCUGUCACCUACCCUACACCUCAUAUGAUCAGCUUAGUAGAUCGCCUACAAGACGUGGUCUGCUCCAUGGCAAGCCUGCAAACAACCUGCCAGUCGGGCAUCUACCGGAAACCAAUCGCGCACCAAGUCAUCAGCCACCGUUUCCCAAAUGCCGUCACAGCGGCCAAUUCCACGCUUUACUCAAUGCGAGAUAUGGUUAGCGUGCAACAGCCGCCUCGACGCUUCACGUAUGGCCGCGUAAGGAAGCCUUAUCCUCAGGACAAACUAUGCCAAACACGUCGUCAACGACUUCCUCUCUGUUCCGCCUCGACUGCAGUUGCAGGAGGAGCAUGCAGAGUUGGUGCGCAACGACCAUCAGGAGUAUGGUGUGCAUCCCUGCAGCUGUCAGCUCUUCACCAGCUAAGCGAGCUCAUGGUCGACCUCACCCGUGGUCUUCAAUCCACUACUUUCCCACAGGCAAUCAGGUAUUACUAGUUACCCGAACCGGUCCUGCCCUUGGGAAGGACGCCCAAAUUUCUGGUUGAAUCGCCUCGGUCCCAGUGACUUCCAAGCCUAUCAGAUCACUCCUUUUGGCACAUGAUGUUGCGGAGCAGGACACCAGAUGUACAAGAAGCUGUUCCAUGGCCUGCCUUCAUAUUAUUUGCGCCCGUUUUGCGUUCAAACUUCCUGGAUGCUUGUGAUGUUAGCACCUCAACGAACUUUCUCUCUCUAAUAAAAAAUAAAAAUAAAAUCUACAUUGUAGUUAGCGUGAAAACCUACCCUUGUAGUGCAAAGCUCGCUUUGUUUAUCGCAGUUAGAGCACUCUGACUUUAGCGUUUGGAUCCUGUCUAAGAAUGCUUUGUUUUUCAGUAGACUUCAUUGCGAUCGGUUUUGCCAGUGAUUCCAAGCUCUGCUGAGGAGACCUAGCAGGGUUUGUAACAGCAUGUUGUUGUUGUUGUUCAGAGAUUGAGUAAAAGAGCGCUAUUCGUAAGCUCUCGCCUUUCACUACUUGUACUCCCGCUACCAUCAGUUCACUGAUAACAUCUGUAUGACGCAAUGAGCAUUGUGAAGGAAUGACCGCAAUUGUCUUCUUCAA